GAUCGCGCGUGUAAAAUAGUAACUGAUAGGGAAGAGAACCCGUAUGUCGUUUUUCGUUCACAAGAACGAUACGUGGAUCAGUCGAACUGCCACUAUCGAAAACUUCUUUUGUUCAGAAAUCUAAGAGCAACGCGAUGGAAUUAAUACAAUAAUCAAUUGACUGCGUUAAGUAUUUAAAGUAUGCAUUCCAUAUUUGCUAUACUUGGAAGUAUCGGGAAAAGUAUCAAAAAAGGAGAAGGCAACGGCAAUCCCUUAAUCAGUCUCCGACGUGAGACGUUAUUGGGUCCUCGAUCGACACAUGAACGCGAAGACGGUCUCGAGUCCUAAAUCGAGGAGAAUCGCCGGAAACUGGCGGGGCGGGGAGGGAAGGUCUUAUCGAUUUCCCAGAAGCCCGGAAGGUCUAGCCUUAGGAGGAAGAGGCUUCCUACGAGAGGGGUUUCUCUCGCCAUUUCCCUCCUCGCAAGCGCGCAAGAGGGUUACCGGGAAUCUCUCCUCCGCGUUUUUAGCCGGGGGCGAUCAUGACAGGAACAUACCGGAGAUCGAUUAUUCUCGUUACCUCGAGACUUAUUCCAAAGGCUGUAUCUCGGAAAUGGAAAUUCGCUAACUUUUGUUAUCAGAAACAGAAUGAAAUGAUCUGCAAAUUUAUUUGCAUUGUCUGACAAUAAAGUUUGCAAUAUGA